CUUGGAGAUUUCCGGAAAGCCAUAGAGUACCAUGAACGACACCUCAAAAUUUCGAAAGAAGUGGGAGACAGGGCAGGAGAAGGAAAAGCGUACUGUAAUCUUGGCAUCGCCUACAGAAAUCUUGGAUAUUUCCAGAAAGCCAUAGAGUACCAUGAACGACACCUCAAAAUUUCGAAAGAAGUGGGAGACAGGACAGGAGAAGGAAAAGCGUACGGUAAUCUUGGCAACGCCUAUCACAGUCUUGGAUAUUUCCAGAAAGCCAUAGAGUACCAUGAACGACACCUCAAAAUUUCGAAAGAAGUGGGAGACAGGGCAGGAGAAGGAAGAGCGUACGGUAGUCUUGGCAACGCCUAUCACAGUCUUGGAGAUUUCCAGAAAGCCAUAGAGUACCAUGAACGACACCUCAAAAUUUUGAAAGAAGUGGGAGACAGGGCAGGAGAAGGAGGAGCGUACGGUAAUCUUGGCAACGCCUAUUACAGUCUUGCAGAUUUCCAGAAAGCCAUAGAGUACCAUGAACGACACCUCAAAAUUUCGAAAGAAGUGGGAGACAGGGCAGGAGAAGGAAUAGCGUACGGUAAUCUUGGCAACGCCUAUAACAGUCUUGGAGAUUUCCAGAAAGCCAUAGAGUACCAUGAACGAGACCUCAAAAUUUCGAAAGAAGUGGGAGACAGGGCAGGAGAAGGAAAAGCGUACGGUAAUCUUGGCAACGCCUAUUACAGGCUUGGAGAUUUCCAGAAAGCCAUAGAGUACCAUGAACGACACCUCAAAAUUUCGAAAGAAGUGGGAGACAGGGCAGGAGAAGGAACAGCGUACGGUAAUCUUGGCAACGCCUAUUACAUUCUUGGAGAUUUCCAGAAAGCCAUAGAGUACCAUGAACGACACCUCAAAAUUUCGAAAGAAGUGGGAGACAGGGCAGGAGAAGGAGGAGCGUACGGUAAUCUUGGCAACGCCUAUUUUCGUCUUGGAGAUUUCCAGAAAGCCAUAGAGUACCAUGAACGAGGCCUCAAAAUUUCGAAAGAAGUGGGAGACAGGGCAAGAGAAGGAGGAGCGUACGGUAAUCUUGGCAACGCCUAUCACAUUCUUGGAGAUUUCCAGAAAGCGAUAGAGUACCAUGAACGACACCUCAAAAUUUCGAAAGAAGUGGGAGACAGGGCAGGAGAAGGAACAGCGUACGGUAAUCUUGGCAGCGCCUAUGACAGUCUUGGAGAUUUCCAGAAAGCCGUUCAGUAUUAUAAGAAGAGUGUUACAGCGUUUGACCACAUUAGGAGAAAUCUCAUAUCAAAUGACGAAUGGAAGAUUAGCCUUAAAAGUACGUAUGAUAAGAUUACUUUGAGGCUGUGGGAGCUGCUGUUUAAGGAAGGUAAAGUCAUCGAGGCACUUUUAACUGCUGAUCAAGGACGUGCACAAGCUUUAAACGAUCUUCUGGAGUUCAAGUAUGGCCUUAAAGGGCUUCACCCAGAAAUAGGAACACUUUCUGCAAGACCAAGUGACUUUGCUAGUUACUUACCACCAAAUACAGUUUUCAUGGGUAUCAGCGAGGGAGGAAUAGUUUUCUGGGUGAACGAGAAAGGAAAAGAAAUCAAAACUAGAAGAACUGAGAUCGGUAUCUCCGUCACAACCUAUUUUCAGUCUCUGCUGGAAGCUACACAUAAAGAAGUAGGUGUGAGAGCUGAUGUUAACUGUGAAGAUCGCUCAUUAAGGAACCCAAGCGAUAAAAAGUUAGCGGAAGAAAGAUCAAGUAAGCCAAGGUCUUAUUCCUCAUCUUUUCAGACAAAUUCAUUACAAACAUUGUACAAUGUUGUUAUAGGCCCUAUAAGAGACUUACUUGACGGCGAUGAAAUUGUGAUUGUUCCAGAAGGACCUCUGUGUUUGGCGCCUUAUGCUACUUUUAUGGACAUGAAAUCAAAGUACCUCUGCGAAACUUUCAGAAUUCGUCUGCUCCCCUCGCUUUCUAGUCUUCGAUUAAUCCAAGACUGUCCAGCAGAUUGGCACAGCAAGACUGGCGCUCUUCUCGUCGGCGAUCCGUGGGUACAGGAGGUAACGACGCUAGAGCAGUUAGUGUGGGCCGAAAAAGAAGUGCAGAUGAUUGGGAAAAUUCUUCACACUGUACCUCUCGUUGGAAAGCAGGCAACAAAAGAUGAAGUUUUGAGACGUAUUUCCUCUGUUGCUUUGGUGCAUAUUGCUGCUCACGGUGAAAUGGAAACAGGAGAAAUUGCCUUGGCCCCAAACACAACGCGUUCAUCCAUGGAUCCAGCCGAGGACUAUCUUUUAACUAUGAAAGAUGUUUUAAAGGCGCACAUCAGGGCAAGACUCGUUGUACUUAGUUGUUGUCAUAGUGCUCGGGGAGAAGUCAAAUCUGAGGGUGUGGUCGGCAUCGCACGGGCUUUUUUGGGUGCUGGUGCUCGUGCUGUUCUGGUGUCCCUGUGGGCGAUCGACGACAAAGCUACUAUGGAGUUCAUGAAAGUUUUCUACCAAGAAAUAGUCCAUGGACGAAGUGCCAGUGAGGCCCUGAAUAAAGCCAUGAAAUCCAUGAGAGAAUCUGACGACUUUAGCGCAGUGAAGUACUGGGCGCCUUUUGUUCUCAUUGGUGAUGACGUAACGCUCGAGUUUGAAGGCAUCAAUUAAAUAGCAAGGUAUUUUGGAAUAUAAUUAAUCCUGGGAUCAUAAUCCCCGCAUUUGCAAUAGUCAUUUUAACUAGCAAUUAUUUUUUUCACUUAUCGGGCAAUGAACUCAACCUGUGCCACGUGUAGCGUCGAAACUUUGUUUGGCAGUUAAACAUUACAAAAUUUAUUUCAAAUUUCGUAAUUUCUUUACAUUUUAAAGUGACGGUGAUCCUGUUUGAGUUCUUUCCGAAUGAUUGUAACUUACAGUCGAACCUAACGUAUGCGACCACCCAAAAUUUUCUGUCGCUUACGGAAGGUGAUCGCUUAGGAGAGUCACCGGCUUCAGUUAUGGUGCUCUGAGUGGAAAAACUUUGGCAUUUUUGGUGGAUGGUUGAUUAUAAGAUUUAAUAUUCUUACCAGCUAAAAGUCAGGAAAGUACCGUAAAUCUUAUAUUAAUUUCCCCAGGGACUUAUUUAUUUCAAGGAUGUUUGAGGGAGGGGUUGGGGGCUUGUUCAAUUAACCAAAUAUCGUGGUCUCCAUAAAGAACUAGAACACCAAGUGGAAAAGCUUUAGUUGGAUGUCUCGAUCAUACAGCCGAACAACAAUCAACCAGUCCGAACCUUCAGUCCAGUUACAUUUGCACCUAUCAUAUGCGUCUAUUGUUUAAGAAUAAUAGUAGUCGCGCUUGAAAGAGAGAGAGGGAGCUUUCACGCUUUCUUUCUCCGAAAAGGCUGGAGGGUUUGGAGAGGAGGGGGAGGGGAGGGCUUUAUUAAACAUUUUCGGUUGUAAGUAUCGGUUAAUCUACAAUAAGGUUUCUCGUACGAUGAGAGUUACAGGUUUUAAUGGUAUUCUAUGCUCGAAAUGAUUUCGAAGUCAGGCGCCAAAAUAUUAACUGUUUGACUUCGCUGGCUCAAAUCUCUAUUCUUCUGCUAGCUUGCUAACGUUUCUCCUUGCUGUUUUUGUUGUAUAGUUACGAUGAAGAAUGCAGUGAAGCAGUUCCUAAUUAUCUGAGGUUGAAGACAGUUUAAUUUUUAUCACAAUUCCGAGGUGGAGCGUUUUUCACAAGGAUGGCAACUCUUUAUCUUGAAGAGAAAGAAAAUAAUGCUUAUUCUUUUGAUUUAUUUGUUUUUGUCACAUUACAGGCUGUAGAAUGUAGAUAAAUGUACAGAAAAAGGUGACGGGGAAGCCUGAACUGGAAGCCUGGGGCUUAGGUAGGGUCCAGGCUCCUCCUAGGUUAGUUUAACUAGACUUAAAGAAGAGGAAAGACGCGAUUUUAUAAAAUCAACAACAGAUUGCUAAGAUACAGGAAAAAGGAGUAGAAUCAGCAUCAGUUACAAACAAAAUUACUUAAAAAAUAGGAGGAAGUUGAGUUAUAUAGAAAUUAUUAAGAAAAUAUAAGGAGAUUUAGUUGGAUUAUAAAUUAUAAAGAUGGUCACAUAUUAACUAGAAAUAUUUCGACAAAGGUUCACAUUUAAGGGAAAAUUCAAAAUUAGCUGGACCAGUCAUGGUAGUUAAAUGUUUGCUUAGUUCCAGUUUAAACGUCGAACUUCUCAUAUGCAGAAUCUAAUGCAUAAAUUACUAAAAUUUGUUUUCACUUGUAAGCGUUUUAAACCAUUGAACAUCAUGAAAAUGAAUUGAGUCCGACUAAUUAAGUUCGACAUCUGAAUCAACCGUCGAAUGACUUAUCAUAUGGGUUGACCUAAAUAGGUAUUAAGUUUGGUACAGGAAAAGAUCGACGUUUGAACUUGGAGAGUUCCAAAAGUGUGUGCAGUGGCAAGAUAUUUUAUUUCUUUUAAGGUUCUGAAGGUUGUGCUAGACUUUAUAUUGGGUCGAAGAUACUGAGCAAAUUGAGUUUUAUAAUCAUGAAGAACUUAAGAGAACCAGAUGUGAAAAGAUUGUCGAAGCUCGAAGGCAAUGUAAGGAGAGAUUUUCCAUGAAUUCUUUAUUUGUCUCGAAUUUCAUAUCUUUGACGUUGUUUUUAGUAAUUCAUACUGAAAUUGCAUAAAUGUGUUUUAGCUCCUCAAAAAGGCUCGUGCCAUUUUAUCGUCCUUUAAUUUGCUUUGUGUCCGCUAAGUAAUAACUGUUGUCUAUUUGUUCGCAAAUAGACAGCUAAAUUACAAAUUUAAACAAGCGGCACCAGUACAAAAGGCCUAUGAAUAGAAGUCGUCCAGUUGUAAAAUCACGAUACACGAUAGACAGACUGAAGUUAAUAACCAUUAUUCAGAAACUAAUUAUCCUUUUAAAAGUCAUCAUUGAAGUGAAAUGUUUAUAUUAAUUGAAAAGAGAACGAGCAAUUAGUUUUGUUUGUUAAGGAACACUGUUGGCUUUUCAUAAAUCAUAAAUACAUUAGAACACAUUUAAAGGCUUGCUAAACCGUUUCUUUAUGUUUGUGUUUUGUUUUCGGCAACAGCCGUUCUAUUCGACUGAACUAAAUUCGACGUCUGAAACCAAGUCGUGCUAGUGCCGUGCUGCAAUCGAGCUACAGUCGAGCCAGCUUAGCACGGCAGAGAGUGAUCAAGAAAUAAACUGCAAAAACCGUACACGAAGAUCCAGCUGGUUGUCAACAUAGGAACUCAAGAAGGAUCUAAUCUGCUUGAAGAAGAGAACAUAAAAGGACAUUUUGGCUAAAAAUAUUCGAAGCAAAAAAAAAAAACCGAGAAGUCCAAAGACUAUUGCAAAGCUGAAACAAAGCGUCAUUUUGAACUUUUUCGAAACGUUUUAAAAACACGUUGUUUCAGCUUUGUAGUGAUCUUGGGACUUCUCGUUUUUUUUGUUUUGUUUUGUUUUUGUUUAGAGAGUGUUUACACCCAAGAGGGGAGGAGGUGGGGCCUUAAGUCUUGGACAGAAGAAACAUGGAACAUUUUCGUGGCUGAAAAUAGUCCAAUUGCAAUUUGGGCGAUGACAACAUUUGACCCUAACCAGUACAAUCCUUUAGUAUUUUGGGGUUACAUUCAUCUGAGAAACUGCGGUCAGUGGAGGCUGCGAUGAUGCUAUCGCCUAAAUGGGCUAUUUUCAACGUUCAGCAUUAGGACGGCUCGAUUACCAGAGUCCGUUCGUGAAAUGAGCCUCUGCACCUCCUCUGGAAAGAGGAGUAGGACCAAGAGAAUAACGGAAAUCGAGCCUAAGCAUUGGGACGAAGCAAACAAUUGGUGUCGGGGUGGUUGCAGUGACCAAGAAUCACGAGAAACUCCCAUAUUUUUUGUCAAAGACUUUAAACCCCACCCCACUCCCGUCUCGGAUGUUUUUUGUACGAAUAUAAAUUAUCAAAAGUAAGUUGAGUUUGAUCUUGCGGGUGAACGUAGUCCUGAAUAGGACUGUUGUUGUUGACAGUGACUGACGUUUCGACCGUGACCUGUGCGGUAGUCAUCGUCAGAGUCAAAGUGAGUUGUAUCACGUCAGUUGAUGGUGUUAUACUCCGGUUAUUGAUCUGAUUGGUCAAUUACGACGUGAUGUUAUUGGUCCGUACGUACGUUCGUAAGUCCACCCCUUAAUGUAAGCUGGGGUGAUAUUUUGCAUUUCAAACACCCCGCGCUUCGGCGGUAAAUCGCAUGGCCACGUGGACUUUUAGAGAAAAAAAUUAAAAAUCAGAGCCAAGUCUUCCUUGAACAAGGUUGUGUGAUAAUCAUGUUAAAAUGUUAUGAAAAGAAACUCGCUUAAGUUUAAAAUAAGUACAAAUCAUCUCAUUUCUUGAACAAGGAUAAACCUUACGACUUUCUCUUUCCUGCCAUGAAAUUAAUCUUUGAAAAUUUUGUUUCAAUGAAAAAUGAAAAUUCUUGAAUACGUGGUAGAAUUACACAUAUUCUUGGAAGGUCAUCCGGUGAGAAGCUUGUUUACAGAGAAACUUUCUCAAAUAUUCAGCUCGAACUAAACAGCCAUUUGACUUUUGGGUCUUCUGAAAUGGCUGGAAAAUUGUUUGUAACAAUCUUAUCGUCGUAAUAGCUGCAAUACACGUCCUUUUUGCCUCUAUGGCUUGUGAAAAUCAAAAAAGUUGAUGCUCCCGAAAAAAUUCACGUUAACCUCUUCCGACAUGAGUCCCAAGGUCCCAGCACAUAAACUAUAGAAUUUCGUUUUGUCUACAAAAAUAUAACCAAGCACGGAAUCGUUUUGUUCUCUAUAAUGGAGCUAAGUCCAUAAACAAUUUUCCUUGAAAUGAGCGAUUAGCUUUACUGCAUUUUUUUUCUCAACAAACUAAACCGCGCUCAUGGUUUGCUCCUUUUUGUCGCUGCUUUCCCCUCGAGUUUCACAAAGUUUUACUGAGCAAACAAGAAACCUGGGGAACUGUUUAAAGGUAAAAUUCACAAGACUAUUACUGGAAAGCGUAAUACUGCCAAUCAAUAAGUUUGAUUAGCAAAGCAACAAUUAUCACGUGCAUCUUAUUGUUUUAUCAACAUUUCUUUGCCAUCACUGCACGACGACGACGUGAAAAUGCCUAAUUUUACGUUUUAUUGAGGACGUAAAAAAAACAAAGACAAACUUUUUUCCUGAUGAGUUUCCCCAUACCUUUCACAAAAUAAGCGACUUGUAAUAAUCGUGAAAAAGUCUGAAAGAAUGCGAAUUCACUUUUCAUUAAAAAGCGACGUUUGGACCGCUGUCACCGUCGUGGUUCCUUGAACUUGGGGCAAUGGCGCGUGGCGGGAAAAAAGUACUUUCGGUCACCGUAAUUGGUUCUUCCGUAGUCGCGGCUUAAAUUCGCUAUUGUUUCUUUUAGGGGAAGAGAAUAUGAGCCAGGGAAUAUGACGAGGGAAAUAUGAGCAAGGAAAAUAUAUAUUACAUUUUUUGGUUACUGUUAUCAGCUAUCGUUUUAGCUCUGCACUCCCCUGUUACAAUCAAAGUCGUCACCAGCUUUUCAGACAGUGAUUUAUAAUCAGGGGUUAUGUAAUAUAUUCUCCUAAAAAGAACAAAGGAAACCGAGCAAAGUUGAAAAAUAAAUGGUUUUAAUGAAUUCGAACUCUUCCGAUCGAUGGAUGGUUUUGCGUUGCAUCUAAUAAUAAUAAUAAUAAUAAUAAUAAUAAUAAUAAUCUUUAUUGAGGAUAUCAAUUUCACUGAUAAGUGAUUUACAAAAGAGUCCUCAAAAAUUAAAAAAGGACAAAAAGGAAAAAUAAAGACUAAUAUAUGAAUAUAUAAAAAUUAAACUAAAAACUAUUUACAUUUCUUAACACUCUUUUAAAACCAGCUAAUGAUGGGCUUUGUCUGAUUGAAAGGUCUAAUUUAUUCCAAUCGUUUGAGGCAAAGUUUGUCGAGGUCCAAUGACCCCAGUUCCUAUUAGAUGCACUCUUACGGAUAUUGUUUUUACAUCUAGUAUUAUAAUCAUAGGGAGCUUUAGCAACGACUACGGCGCCGGCAACGACAACGGCAAAAAAACAAUAGGAUAAGACAAGCAAAACAACAACUUUGCACGAGCAUCACACUUUUUUGUACAAAAAUUUCUCUGCCGUCAAUACACGACUACGACGUGAAACUGCCUUAGUUUACGUUUUGUGGAGGACUUGAAGACAAGAUAACGACUUUUUUCUUCUUUUCCUGAACAGUCAUACAGUCAUUUAGAAUUCAACCCCAGAAAAAUUGACCAAUAUUUUACGAGUUGCACGAGAUGUAAUAAGCACUGUAAAGUUUGAAGCAGUGCGAAUUCACUUUUCAGUGACGUUUUCGCUGCCGUCGCCGUCUUGGCGUGCUUAAAUCUCCCUAAUAUUACUAAACAGAAAACAGCAGACGAAAGUAAUGGGCAACAUUUUGGUGGUAGUACUUCCCUACCACCAUGGGUAGCCAUGCACCUUGGACAACUUGGACAAAAGUCCAGAUCAAAAGGCCCAUAUCCCCUCGUGUCUAGGAACUACGGGGAACCAGAAGGGGGCCCCAUCUGGGAUGGGUGGAGUACAGUUCUGGUGGGACCCGGGGUCCGGAGUGGAUAUUUUCUCGGACCUGUCUCCAAGGGCUAAGCCUUACUUUGGGGUAAGGUUUGCCACAGGUAACCCGAGCUCUGUGAUAGUACCGCAGUAUACCGUUCCAGUAAGACUACAGUGUGUGUAUGGGGUGAAAAUACGAUCCUAAAAUUUCUAGGAAAUACUAAAUAAAGAUCAAUGAAACUUACUCAGCAGUUAGUUGGUGUUGUCCUUAAUGCUCCAACGAAGGUUCGUGAUAAUUUGUUCAAUUCACUCUAUAUACAAUAAUAAUAUACAAGGUAGGAGACACGAGAUGCCAUCUUCGCCGCCAUGCUCUCGUUCAACACAACUUUUUCCUCGAAAUUCGAACUCCAACAGAAAAUAAACAUGCCAGGAUCGUGGUAAUAGGUUAGCAGCAGAUAUAGGAACCAAUGAAGCUUUCCCAGAUAGAAAAACGAAUCCGGCAGACUUUGACAUACUCGAAGGAUGUAAUCCAAAAGGCCGAGAAUAUGCUCGACGAAAUAGCCAGGCCAGAUCAACGCGCGGCCAAGAAAAUGAGCCCUGGGGCCCGUUUCUCGAAAGUCCCGGUAACUUUUCGGGCCCGAAAUCAAAUAUUCAAAUCGAAAUAUAAAGAAUAAGAGCGCGGGUCCUGGCAAGCAAACUACUCCAUUUUGUUUCAUUAACUGAUAGUUUUAUCACUUUAGAUGCAAAACUAUUGAAACCGCGAUCUUUAAUGUAAACGGAGACAGCUUACCGGGCCCGUUAAUUAUCGGGACUUUCGAGAAACGGGCCCCUGGGCACUGUGCAAAAAAAUUCCAUUCCGGGUGUCCUGUGUUGACCUUUCUAGGGACCGAUACAUAGCUUUACCAUUUUGUUACAGGCUUAUUCACGUGCGUUCAUUUUUACUAUAAAGUUUUUUCAUUUCUCUUGUUGACACCUUUUUUCUGCAAGUUGGUCGUAAGUUUGCCGAUGUAACCCAUUUUCCUGUCACAUACGGUUUAUUUACUUGCAUAUAAAUACAAGUUCUUAGUUUAGUUUCUCCAGGUUUGUUAGCUCGGUCACUGAUUUGCUGUCAGAGUACAGGUCACCACGAUACAGAUAAACAAACAGCAUUAAAAGUGUCUCCUAGCCCUUAUCUUUUAACAAAAUGCUCUGUUAGUUUGAGGGGAAUCUGUGUGGUUUGGUAAUUUAUCGAUGAGCAUUACUCUUGACCUGUGGAAUGUGAACUGUACUGUGGACCCGGCACUUUGCUGUUUACCUGUGGAGCUUAGUUCCCCAGAAAUUCUCGACCUCUAGUAAUUUUUUAAUGUUUACUGGUCAACUCAGUCACCCUCCCUUCCCUACUUAGAUCGAUUUGCAAUCGAUGUACAGUAAAAAAUGAGGUAGAAAGUUGGUUUUCUUGGACAAUGUAAGAGCGUAAGAGACCUAUUAGACCUUAUUCACGAUGUCCGCCAUCUUUGCACGUGCGCAAGGAUAAAAGCAAUGCAAUGUCAUGUGGUUUCUCAGGGGGCAAACAAGUAAUAAAAGAUUCCAAUGCAAGAAAUCGCGGUUGAGUUUAUUUAUUCUGGACAAAAGAAAAUGAAGAACUUUUUAUCUUAAUGACGAUAAUGGCAAAUAUGAGUAGAGGAAGUGAUCAUUGUUUCUUUUCUGGAUGCAGUAGCGACCACAGAUGUCCUUACAGCGUGCAAUUGGCCAUUUCGGAGUUGUGUAGGGAACUGGGGCGAGUUUCAAAUUUAAACUAAUCGAUAAACUGACACCGCCAUAUAAAAGGUCAUGUUGAGAUUGGUUAUUUUACCAAGUUUGGUGCUCUAAAGUUGAACAGGCCGGGGAUCAAGUCAUGACUCUUGAAACAUGGUUAAAGAUCCACACAAACGUCUGUAAUUUUGUGACAGCGUCUCCCAAAACCAUAUAAACUCUUUAAAAUAUUUUUCAUUUUUUUCCGUUAAACUGUAAAAUUCGUCAUGCAUCUACUACUUGGAAGGAACUAAUCAAUACUUUGCCCAUUUUCAAGGAUAUCAGAGAAAUCGUCAAAAAAAUUUAAAGAGUUUAUAUGGUUUUGGGGGAAAACCAUAUAAACCACUUGUCGAAACUCGAACUGUACAUUUUGCAAGACCGAAAGCGCCGUCUCGUCGUGAGAGGAUCUUCACAAACUCGGCCGCUAUUACUCGUAUUGGUAAUUGUAUCAUACAUUCGUUUGCCCCCUGAAAUACCACGUGACAUUGCUUUUAUCCCAGCAAAUCCUAAAGUGCGUGCAAAGAUGGCGGAUAUCGUGAAUAAGGUCUAUUGUGCAAUUUAAAAAAACAGCUAAAGGGCAACGCUCCAAACUAAAUUAGGUACGCACACUCAAGGCAAUUAGACCGUUUAGUUUUUAAGGAGAGUAAACAUUUCUUAACACAAAGGGAAAAAAGAGAAGGAAAAAAAUAGACCAAUACUAUAAUACUAUGCAGAUCUGAAACAGAAAACCGUGGACUCUUAUUUCGAAAAAACGUUUUGUGUCUCUUCAAACAUAUAUGACGUUAAGCUGGGAGGUACAAGUGCAAAGCAAAGGACUUUUAGGAUCAACUACGCAAUCGUCUUGCGUCAGUAGCCAAAACAAAGAGUCCAGUGAUCUCUGUUUUGUAGAAAGCGACACUAAGCAUGUCGUUAAUGAACUUUUCCGAUCGAUGAAUGGUUUAGCACUGCAGUUUUAGGCAGCUGUUCGUGAACUUACACAACAGGACGGGAGAGGCAAGAAGACAGCAAACCUUGUGUGACAAGCGUGACAAUAAUUUUCUUUGAACAAAAGUUCCGCCACACUUCACUAUCCUGAAACAGAUUUAUUUGUUAAAGACCGGAAAACAUAUCGUUAAGUGAAGAUUGCGACAAAACACGCAAGCAAUAGCCCUGUCAGGUUUGUCACACAAAAGCGUUUAGUCGUCCUCUUCUUUCUGCCGUCCUGUUGCGUAAACUCAAUAUUGUUAAAUAGAAAACACCACAGGGGGAAACGUAUUAGCGAUUAGCGCUAACCCGGUGUUAAAUUUUAAUCCUCUGGUUUCUUUCUUUCUUUUUUAAAAGCAUCUUCUCGGAUGUUUUUCUCUAUUCUAUCUGUUUGUCACCUACUGCCUAAGCAGCUGACCACCCAUUGCCUCGAUUAUACCGUAUUUACUCGAAUAAGCGCCGCGACGCUUAUUUAAUUUUAGGUGUCUCUGAUGAGGCGCUUAUUCGUGGGCGGCGCUUAUUUAAAAGGCUCAUACCACAAAAACAAAACAUUUUGAUUGUACAAUUUAAUGUACUUCAUGAUUAUUUUUUUUAUCGCUUUUUUCACGCAAGAACUGAAGAACACGAAGAUUUUGAAGAGAGAACUGAAUGAAAGAGCGUCGAGAUAAACUCACUUUGAACUGAAAAACGUCACUAUUGAUGAAAAUAAAUUCCCAUUUCUGGCUUAGAAUCGCAUUGCAGCGAUUACAGUGUAUUUUUAUCAUCUUGUGGAAAUACUCGAAAAAGCGCUGCACCGGAGCUGCGGCGCUUAUUCAAGAGCGGCGCUUAUUAACUUUUCCACUCCAUGUGCGGCGCUUAAUCGAGGGCGGCGCUUAUUCGAGUAAAUACGGUAGCUAUGCUAUUUGGCAAUUAACUGAUUAAAGAUAAAUGAUAAAAGUUCAUCCAAUUAUCAAGCUGUGGACAAAUAGAAUUAAGAAAUUAUGAAUAUAUGAAAAUCAUAUAUAUGUGAGCUGCGGAGUGAAGAAUUAUUUGAAGGAAGAUCAUCGCAGUUGUAUACGCAACUUAUGCAGUUACGAAAAGAAAGCUUGAAAAAAAUAGUCCAAAGAUAAGUGUAAUUUUCAUAGCUUAUUUUACAACUAGUCGUAAAAAGAAGAACAUCAGGAAUCUGUAGUAAAUUUUUAUUCCAUUGUUAUGACAGAGGCACUUGAGACGUGCCUACUGGCAAUUUAAUAUAGUUUUUACGCUUUUAUUAUUUACAUAGUUGUAGUUUUAUUUCUGUUGUCAGAUUGUUUAAAGUUACUGUUUAGAAAGCCCUCCAUUCUAAUACUGGAGUCAAAUUCUCUGUUCAGUUACUAGCUUGAAUCAGUUUUUAAAAUAUAUAGUUGUUUUACAUUUACUCGUCUUUUUUAUAUGCGUAGGUUUGCUCUUUCAUAAUAGAGGGUUAUUCGCGUACCUUGUUUUUACCAUCAGAGCUUUAGAUUCUAAGACGAGGACGAGAACAAGAUUUUCCCAAUACUAACUAGUGCGCGCGCGCGCGAACCGGGAAAAUUGGACAGUCAUCGUCAUUCUACGACGAGUCUUAACGAGAAUGUCAUUUAUUAUCUAGCGAUCAUCGAGAGAGGGCUUCACCUCCUUCAACGGAAAUAAGUGUUCUAACUUUUGUGGAGAAAAAAAGUACGAUGAAGCUUUUCGAGUGUCUAUUUUUCGAGAAUAGGCGAGAAAAAUUAACAUGAAAUGUCAACUUUAAUUAAGUGUCGAUUUGUUCAGCUAAUUGGGGACAAUAAUAAGUUAAAUCUUUUCGUAGUUCAAAGAUAAAUUUUCGACUAGCCGUAUGCAGAGCUUGUGCACUUGCAACCUUCAGUUCAAUAGUCACUUCAAGAACACCAGGAGUCAGUAGUAAAUUUUUAUUUCCAUUGUUAUAAUCCCGUAGAAGCCUGAAUUUUUUUCAGGCUUUCUUUUCGCCUUUUCUUUUUUGCCCAUAUUUGGGUGUAAGUAAUACCCCAUAUUUGGGCAGUGACGUCAAGGCCUUGCAUUUACUCCUUGUGGUUCGAGGCCGAGUGAUCCAGUGUGUGACCGUUGGUUGUGGACUGCAUGUGGAUUGCGUUUGUUGAGUUGUUGCUGAGGACCUAAUAGGUGAGCAAGUUUACCAUUUCUUCUUUUAAGGGCUAUUAGUGCCCUGUUUUUCAGCCAAUCAAAAAGAAAUACGGUUCAACGCCCAAAUUUUUGUCUGAACCAGCGUGUUUUUUGCAGCUUGAUUUACAUUGAGCCAGCCCUCAACUCCCGUGAGGAAUGCAACAAAUUUGUGGACCUUUUGUUUAGAGUCUAUCUUUUAUGCCUUUUGAAUGACUCUGCUCCUGUGACACCCGCUCAUUAGCUCGUUGUAUUUUAUUCAAAUUUAUUGUACUUCUCAUACAUACUGCGCCCCAUUUUUACGUUUUUCGCACAUUUUACUUUACACCAAUUUUGUCACACAUUUAACUCCACGCUCAAUUUGUUAACGCCUUGUUUGCUAGGUAUCUGCAACCACCAAGAAGAUACAUUCUGUCUCACUAAGAAAUCAUGCGCUUUCCACGCGUGAUGCAAAUUCUGACAAAAUUAUAAAUUAACGUAACCGGACCCUAAGGGUUAAAGUUUCCGAUAAGUUUAAUUUGCUCUGUAAGGUAUACGAAAGUGCUGAAAAUUCAGUAAACGAUCGGUUAUUAACGUGGUAAAAUGAAUAUUCAAUCGACCCCGAUAACUCGAACCCCCUUCCAACUCCAACAGUUUUUUCGUUUCCCUGUACGUGUUUCGUUCGGUUCUACUGUACGUUCGUUUUGAUCCUUUAUGUGAGCUUUUCGUGUUUUUGUUCAGGAAACUGUAUUGGGUUUUAUGUGACACUCAUAUAGUUUAAUUCCCCCGUAGUUUUCUAUUUUUAUGGAUUACGGCUUUUUGCGAGUUAUCAUAUUUUAAUUUCUGGAAGUAUACGUCACUUUUGCUAGCUUCAUUCGAUGAAACUGAAACAAAGAAAGGGAAACUCCCUUAGGUUCAUCUUUCUGUUUCCAAAAGGGUUGAUUGUGGACUCCGUUAAUAGGUUAGUUUUGUGGAAGUCCAGUUUAUUUUGUGAAGGAAAAUUCUCUCAGUGACAUUUAAGUACGAAGUGUUAAACUUGUGUUAAAUGUGAUUUCCUCGUAGACCUUUUUCGUCGUGUUAAAUCAAGCGGACUAUCAAGAUCUCCAGUACAUCACUGAGAUUACUCUCGAAUUUAUUAGUGCCAUUGAGGUAGGGAUUUAUUGGAGGGUCUGAAUGGGGGUACAUCGAUAACACUAAACACUUAAUUUUUUUUGGCUCUGUAACAUAAAACAGUUUAAUUUUAGGCAUUUUAACACUAAAAGUAAAAAAUUCUCUGUAACUGUAAAUUUUAUCCAGAAGGAAACAAAAAAAGGCUCCAAAAAGGGCAAUGUUAUUUUCAGUAUAUCAAGAAGUUUUCGGCCACUUUCCGACGAUUCCCGAUCAUUUCGGAAGAUUUCCGAAGUUUUCCAAGGAGAAAUUCGAAAAUUUACGACUACCGUGUGGCACGAAAUUUUUGCGGGUUCUAAUUUUUGCGGGUUUUGCGAUUUUUCAAGUGAUCCGCAAAAAUAAGUUCCCGCAAAUAAAAAAUACCGCAAACAUUUUUUCCGCAAAAAUUUUUGCCACAGUAGAUAUUCUCUAUAACUUAAAUUCGCUACACAAACUAAACGGUAUACAAUGAAAUACCGGUUACAAUACAACAAUACAUACAAUACCCUUUAUUGAACGUGGUUAAUAUUCUUAGGUAAUUAGCUACUUUACAGACAUGCCACGAAGAAGGUUUUACAGUGGGUACGCACACCGUAGUAUUGUUUGAAAAUAUGUAUUUCCGUUGCACGUGCUCAAUAAAAACGAAAAUACUAUCAAUGCUGGGUACUGGGUACUUUCUGAAAACUGGAAAAAUUAAUUUCCAGCAAGAAAAAUCAAUCUGUCCUUAUCGCAAAAAUUAGUUCCCGCAAAACACAAAAAACCGCCAAUCCGCAAAAAUAAACUCCCGCAAAAAAUUCGUGCCACAGGGUGUAUUUCUGGGGGAGGAGAAUUCACUCGACGCCUCUAUCGCCGCCAUGAUCUUUUGACUUGGUAAAGGAUCGUGGGCUCCUGGCACGAGAUUGGUACCCAGUUUUCCCCAGGCUUCCCAGUAGAAUACUGUUGCGCAUGGGUGGAAAAAAGAGACUACAGCUACAGCCUCUUAAAGCGCGGGAUCAAAGUUCAUGGGUGAUUUGAGCAGAGCUAAAAGACUAUGGGGUUUCCACGAAAAACCCUUCAACACUUAACAGUAUUUUCUCCGGAAACAGGAAGCAUUAAAAAAUUGGCCAAAUUAACAGCAAAUACUAAAAAUUACUGACAAAUAACACGUAAGGGUUAUCGGCCUUCAGCUCGGGGUUGUGUGAUUUAUUCCCCUCGUGCGUUCGCCCGAGGGCAACGCACGAGGGGAAUAAAUCACAUAACCCAGAGCUGAAGGCCGAUAAAUGGCUUAUUUUUACAUUGGCGAGGAUUCCUCAAGGGAUGCAAAAAUACAUUGACGAAAAACACUCCACUCCACACUUUUAACACUCCAUGCUGGCACUGGUGCGGUGGGAUUCACAAGUUUCUCGGCUUUUUAAUUAUGUUAGUUUCUCAAAGUUGCAUUUCGAAUUAGUUGUUCGUAGUGAAUGCUAGCAACAGCCUAAAGAGCCUAGCAGUGUCGACCGAUUCAGAUCUAUUAGAAGUAGAGCUGUUUAUUACUCAAACUAAAGCAGCUUUAAUGGCGGUACUGCAAUUGAGCUUUCGGAGAACAAUUUUGACUCUUCAUUUCGGAGGCAGACAACGAGUAAUCAUUGACAAUUUCAAUUUUCGCACCAAGGAUCUUUCGAGCAACCUGCAUGUUUACAGAUAAAGAAGAUUCCGGGCGAAGGUUCACUACUGUAACUGACGAGGAAAUUCAGUCGAGGAAUGAAGCAAGAAUACCACAAAACACAAAGAGGUAACUACAUGUCUUCAUGGGGUACACGAGUUUGGGAUGACUGUUUAAAGAACGGAACACCUUUCGUGGAACCGUAGAAUUUUAAAGACGCUGUUCAAUUUCAGACUGUCGUUCUGGCUGUGGAAAUCGAUGAACCAACAACUAAGAAAAUCUGUGAAUGUGGCGCAAAAGAAACGCAACUCAGUUUAAUUUUAGGAAUUAUAGUGUCGUGUUCAAUAUUUCCAAUAAACAUUUGUAAAUUUUUUCUCUAUGAAAAGCUAAUUAAAAUGCGAGGGGAUUAUGUAUUGAUAUGCAAGGGGGAUAAGUGACUUAUGGGCUCCUGGAGAAACUAAGUCCUUGAGUCUACUUACCAAUCACAACAUGUUUUGGAAGUAUUGAAAAGCGCGCCAAAACGAAGUAGUCGCAGCCUUCUGGAGUGAACUCGGUCGCGACCUGGAUUGAUGUAAUUACCAUUGCAGGAGCUAUCAUGCCGGUGAUUUCACCUUUCGUUGCAUAGGUAUAGUGAAUAGUUUGUAAGCACAUCCUCGACUCUCGAAACAUUUGUCUUGCGCUGCUAUACAGUUCCGUUUAACGCGAACUGGAGGUAGAUUUCCCGCUUAACAAAAUUUUUGAUAAUUUAUGCAAAAUUGAACCUCGUGAACGUCAGAAGUGCAUUUACCGACUCAAAAAUAAACAGACUUCCUCCACAGGGGUUUGAACACGAUUUUAAUUUUAAAAAGUACUUUACGAGCGCUGCGGUAGUUGACCGCAAAAGUGUUACGAUGAUAGAUACUCAACUGGAUGAUAGCGUCACUACAUAGCAACCAGACGCUUCGCAUUUUUUACCUUCCGGAACGCUGAGGCUUGUGUUACUCCUUAAAUCGAAUUAAUUCAAUAUGGCCGCCGUAUCAGUAAAAAAGUCUAUUGUAUGAAAGUCCGUGAGUUAUUUGUCUGAAAACUGUCCACGGUAAGGUUUAAAGCACGCGAGCUAUGGAGUGAGUGGACAAGUGACAUAUUAAACUAGUUCAUUACACUUCGCUAGCGUAUCAAAUGAUUUUCAAUCUUUGCUUCUGCGGUGUAUAUCAUAAUAAGUCAGGGAAUUUCAGUAUGAGUCAGGUAAAAUUUAACUGUUCCAUUGGCAAAAGAAGAUUGUUUCAAAAAAUUAAACGACAUGCAAGUAGAUAAUUACAUAGGGUUUCCUAUAAAAUCAAUCCAUUCUGCACUUUACAUUUACGAUAAAUUAAUGUAUUACAGGGAAAGUGUACAUUGUACAUUAAAUUUCAAAAUUUAUGGCUCUCUCAUGCACUGUCUCAAUAAGCUCAUGCAUGUUUAGAAUGGAGACCAAUGGAGAAACGGAUCACCUUGUUUGUGGACAUUUCAUACAAAUUCACUCUUGCAUGAGUAUUUUCUUUCUUUAAACACUUGCAUAAGUGCUAAAAAAUUUGUACUUUUUACAUGGAUUCAGUGCUUGAUAAUGAAGGCCCGCAUAUUCAAUAAUCAUAAGUCAUGAUCACUUUUGAUAAUUCUCAUGAACUGCAUCCUUAAUGACAUUGCUACAUGUAAUCUGAUUUUCUAUUUCAGUAAUUACGUUUUCACCUUACUGUUUACUACCCUGCGAGCAGAGAUUUCUCUGCUUUUAGCGUUCACGAAGUCAUUUGCGUGGCUUGUGUGUCGCGUAGUUGGUUUGUUUACGCCCCGUGAGAAACCUGUGCAGGAAGCCGCUUGAGAUUUUCCGUUGAGCAUGCGCCAGAUUAAUAAUUCGUUGCUACAGAGAUAAUGACGUAACUUUUAUCACGUAAAAGAAAUUAGUGCCGUCAAAAACCAAUUUUACUCGUCCCAUUUCCUAGAAGCGACGACCGGAAAUACGUCUGCUGUUCGCGGGCUACCCAUCUCCGGACAAGUGGUCUUAUUUCCGGACAAAGAAACGUGGAUGAUUUUUAAAAUCGCUUUAUCCAAACUAUUUAUCACUCUUUUUGGUAUAGUAUACGUGCGAUAGUUUCAGAGGCACCUCUGAAACUAUCGCGCGUAUACUACAACCUUACAAUAUACGUGUUGCACACUAAUGUCAAGGACAAAGACAAACCGGAGGACAGACAAGGAGCAGUAUUAAAGAUCAAAUGCUGCGGCUGUCAGGCUACUUACAUUGGUGAAACCGGCAGAAACCUUAGCACGCAACUGACCGAACACAAACGAGCGACGAGAAAUGGUGACGUCAACAAUCACAUUGCUGAUCACCAUUUACAAACGAAACAUCGAUCAAAUCGACUGGGACGCUGCGACAUGUAUUACGUAUUCUCAGACUACUAUGAACGACCCACUUUAGAAAGCUGGUUUUUAACUGAGAACAAACGUCAUUGAAUCGUAGUCAACAGUUGCCGGUACCGUACAAACGACUUUAUUGACGGAUUCAAGCAAAACUAAUUACGAGAGAAUGACUGGACAACCGACAAUUUGACUAACAUAAACGACUGUUUAACUGUGACAAUAUAGACGGAUGGAAAGUCAACUGUCCAAUUACAUUACGAGUCUUCAUAGCCAAUAUUCACUACUUAACUGACAGACGACCAAUAGCAUCGCGAAAUUGUCCAAUCAGAUCAAUAACCAGAGUUUAAUACAGUCGAACCUUCCGUAAGCGAGCACCCAAAAUGCAAAGACUUAGUGGUCGCUUACAAGAGUCGAACCAUAGGGGGCCUCUUCCCAGAAGAGGUCUGGGCACAGUACUUUAUGAAACAUGAUUUAUUGUAUGCAAUUUCUAAGUUACGCCAUGUGUACUGAGUUCAAUGUUGUUUCUAAAGUUCUUCGUACAUGCCGUAUAUUCUAAGUAGCAUAGUGCACACAGCAAACUAGGGAUCAGAGAGUGCGUCAAGUGGUAGAGUUUGGUUGCUUACUAGAGCUUAAAAACAAUGGAAAAUCAUUAAACUUUCAGGCCCAAAAAGUGUCCGCGGUCACUUACAAGAGGUGGUCGUUUACUAGAGGUUCAAACUGUAAGGCUUUGAGUGGGAAAGUUUUGGUGCAUGAGUUUUGGAUUGGCGGUCUCUUAUCGGAGGUGGUCGCUUACGAGAGGUGGUCCCACGUGGAAGUUCGACUGUACCAUCAAUUGACGUAAUACAACUCACUUUGACUCUGCAGAUGAUUACCGCGCGUCAGUCAAUUUCAAUGCAACAGUCCUAUUUAGUACUACGUCAGCCCUCGGACGAUCAUGCUCAUCCUAAUUAUAGAUCUACUUAAGAAAAUAGGAGGGAUAAAAGAAAAACUCCUCAGGUUUUUACACCGAGUUGGACUUGAGCUGGAACCAGCUGUGGAACUAUUACAGUUUUUUGAAACCCCACAAGCUGUAACUUUCUCAGUGUUUGGUGGUAAAGAAAUAGGUUUUCUUUUCAAUCGCCAAACACUUGUAUUCCGCUACCCAGAGAUGUUAACCCUUACAAAAAAGUUCACUUUCCCAAAUUUGAAUUUUCUGAAAUAUUUCCGCUGGCCGGGUUUGUAGUUUGCUGACAACAAAUUUCUUUUUUCAGUGGAAGGUAGAUGACUGUAUAAUGAAUAGAUAGACAAUUUUUAUUAUACUAGUAAUAGUUGACACUAGACCCCGUUCUGUAUAUUGUCGGUGAAUAGUAUUCUUGCUGGUUGUGUAGCUCUUUGAAAUAUACCGAUUCAUAAUGAAGAUUUUCACACAUAUUCCAUACAAUAGGUGAGAUAAAUACUGAUACAUACAGGAAUACUGAUAAAUACAGGAAACGCAAGGUUCCAUGCACAGUUUCAGCUCAAUUAACACAACUUUGAUCAAAACAUUCUCAGUUUCGAAAAUAGUUUAUUCUAAACCAUAAGAAAAGAUUUAAUUAGAAGUUGAAUUUCUCGCUAUUUCUCUUUCCCUUUUCACAUUCAGUUCAUUUUAUUUGCCGGAAAGUAAGCCUUAGAAAUUAAAAUGACGUUUGAUCGAUUCACGCUAGCGCAUCCUAGUCUUAUUUGAAACUUUAUAACGGAAGGACAUCUGUGAGCAGGGAAUAAGUCAGCACAGAAAUUGAUUUUCGGCGAAUUUCUGUAAAUGUUCAUCAUUCUGCUAGUGAUAAGCUGAUAAGCUUUGGGGCUGAGUCUUAUUCCGACGGUCAAAGAGAGAGAAAGAGUGUCUGGCACGGUUUCCAAUAUAAAUCACAGAUUUGUGAACUCGUGUCUGGCAAACUCUCCAAUUGUUUAUAUAUACACAGUUAAACGCACCAUAUAACCUCCCCUGCGCUUAACGACCAUAACUUUCAAAACAACUGCUCCACAGAAUGUCACUGGGUAACGCAAAAGAGUAUAGAAGUAAUCUACCUGAGCGGUCCCUCCGGGUUUUUUGUCUUUACGUCAUCCUAACCAUUUCGUACUUGCGGGCGCAAACAAUUAGAAACGUCAUCAUUACCUACCGAUUCCUCGCGGCCCCAGUUCGAGCAAAUCAAGAUUUUUUCUAGUAUACUGACUGUAUAUUUGAACUGUAAGUACUGUCCUUAAUAUACGCGCGAGUUAAUAGGGUGCCUCCACGGGAUUUCGCCUAUGGGCGAAAUCCCUGCCGGGGGCAAUAAACACCAAUGAAAUACCAAGUGAGCUUUCGCGCGAAAUCUUGAUAUCUUGACAUGUGAAAAUAACAUAUUAUCUUCACAUGUGAAAAUGUCAUCGUUGCUAUAGCUUCAUAAUAUACCGCACCUUUGAGACCAAAAAAGUACUUAAGUAAAAUGGUUGGUAUUUCGCUGGUGUUUAUAUAAUAAAUAGAACAUUACAUGGUCGCUUGGCGAUACGAAAUUUCUCUUCUCAUGUUGAAAAAAAUAUUCACGAGUGAGCGCAGCGAACGAGUAAAAUAUUUUUCAACACUCAAAGAGAAUUUCCAUCUCCGCGCGGCCAUAUAAUAUCCUCUAUAUAUACACCAUGUUUCAACAAUGGUAAAUAUGUUUCUUUGUUGUUGUUGGUUUUUUUCAAUUUCGAUCAUUAUCACCAAACGAAUGUUAAUAUUUUCCUUUUGAGAGAAGACCCCAGUCCAUCAAGUCAUAUUAUACAACGAUGAAAACACGUAGAAGGAUCCCUUUUAAGGCAAAUCAAAUGCGACUGUGAUCGACAAAAACGAAUAGUAAAGGGGCUAAUAAAUAAGCUUUUAAUUUUACUUUUCAGACCCUCUUCGUUAUCGUAGACAAAGAGACUGAUGGUAUCAGUAGAAAAAAGGAACCACAAUAUGUGGCUGAGCUGAAAUAGCAAAGCCAGCAAAAAAAAAUGACAACCACAGCUAUUAAUGGUAAUAUUGGCGACGUCUUUGUCAACUUUAAAGAUUUCCAGCACGCCUUAGGCAUCGCCUAUUACAGUCUGGGAGAUUUCGGGAAAGCCAUAGAGUACCAUGAACGACACCUCAAAAUUUCGAAAGAAGUGGGAGACAGGGCAGGAGAAGGAAGAGCGUACGGUAAUCUUGGCAACGCCUAUCACAGUCUUGGAGAUUUCCAGAAAGCCAUAGAGUACCAUGAACGAGACCUCAAAAUUUCAAAAGAAGUGGGAGACAGGGCAGGAGAAGGAAGAGCGUACGGUAAUCUUGGCAACGCCUAUAACAGUCUUGGAGAUUUCCAGAAAGCCAUAGAGUACCAUGAACGACACCUCAAAAUUUCGAAAGAAGUGGGAGACAGGGCAGGAGAAGGAAAAGCGUACGGUAAUCUUGGCAACGCCUAUCACAAUCUUGGAGAUUUCCAGAAAGCCAUAGAGUACCAUGAACGAGACCUCAAAAUUUCGAAAGAAGUGGGAGACAGGGCAGGAGAAGGAACAGCGUACUGUAAUUUUGGCAACGCUUAUGACAGUCUUGGAGAUUUCCAGAAAGCCAUAGAGUACCAUGAACGACACCUCAAAAUUUCGAAAGAAGUGGGAGACAGGUCAGGAGAAGGAAAAGCGUACGGUAAUCUUGGCAACGCCUAUGACAGUCUUGGAGAUUUUCAGAAAGCCAUAGAGUACCAUGAACGACACCUCAAAAUUUCGAAAGAAGUGGGAGACAGGGCAGGAGAAGGAAAAACGUACGGUAAUCUUGGCAACGCCUAUCACAGUCUUGGAGAUUUCCAGAAAGCCAUAGAGUCCCAUGAACGACACCUCAACAUUUCGAAAGAAGUGGGAGACAGGGCAGGAGAAGGAAAAGCGUACGGUAAUCUUGGCACCGCCUAUCACAGUCUUGGAGAUUUCCAGAAAGCCGUAGAGUACCGUGAACGACACCUCAAAAGUUCGAAAGAAGUGGGAGACAGGGCAGGAGAAGGAAAAGCGUACUGUAAUCUUGGCAACGCCUAUCACAGUCUUGGAGAUUUCCAGAAAGCCAUAGAGUACUAUGAACGACAUCUCAAAAUUUCGAAAGAAGUGGGAGACAGGGUAGGAGAAGGAAAAGCGUACGGUAAUCUUGGCAACGCCUAUUACAGUGUUGGAGAUUUCCAGAAAGCCAUAGAGUACCAUGAACGACACCUCAAAAGUUCGAAAGAAGUGGGAGACAGGGCAGGAGAAGGAAAAGCGUACGGUAAUCUUGGCAACGCCUAUCACAGUCUUGGAGAUUUCCGGAAAGCCAUAGAGUACCGUGAACGACACCUCAAAAUUUCGAAAGAAGUGGGAGACAGGGCAGGAGAAGGAAAAGAGUACUGUAAUCUUGGCGUCGCCUAUAGAAAUCUUGGAGAUUUCCAGAAAGCCGUUUCCUAUUAUAAAAAAGGUAUUACUGCCUUGGACUAUAUCAGGGAAAUCUUAUAUCUAACGACGAAUGGAAGAUUAGCCUGAGGAGUAUGUAUGAUCGUACUAAUUUACGCCUAUGGGGGCUACAGUUUGAGCAAGGUAAUGUCAAUGAGGCAGUUUUAAUUGCUGAUCAUGGACGUGCACAAGCUUUAAACGAUCUUCUGGAGUUCAAGUAUGGGUUGAAAGGGUUACGUCCAGAAAUAGAAACACUCUCUGCAACAACGCCUGACAUUCUUAGUUACCUGCCACCAAAUACAGCUUUCAUUGGUAUCAACAAGGGAGGAAUAGUUCUCUGGGUGAAUGAGAAAGGAAAAGAAAUCAAAACCAGAAGAACUCAGAUCGAUAUCUCCGUCACAAGCUAUUUUCAGUCUCUAUUGGAGGCUACGCAUAAAGAAAUAGAUGCAAGAGCUGAUGUUAAUUGUGAAGAUCGCUCAUUAAUGAGGCCAAGCGAUAAAAAGUUAGCCGAAGAAACAUCGAUUAAGCCAAAGUCUCAUCCUUCAUGUUUUGAGACAAAGUCAUUGCAAACAUUUUACAAUGUUGUUAUAGACCCUAUAAGAGACUUACUCCAGGGCGAUGAAGUUGUAAUUGUUCCAGAAGGACCUCUGUGUUUGGCGCCUUAUGCUGCUUUCAUGGACUUGAAAUCAAAGUACCUCUGUGAAACGUUUAGAAUUCGUCUGCUCCCCUCGCUUUCUAGCCUGCAAUUGAUCCAAAAUUGUUCAGCAGAUUGGCACAGCAAGACCGGCGCUCUUCUUGUCGGCGAUCCGUGGGUACAGGAGGUAACGACGCUAGGGCAGUUAGAGUGGGCCGAAAAAGAAGUGCAGAUGAUUGGGGAAAUACUUCAAACGGAACCUCUCGUUGGAAAGCAGGCAACAAAAGAUGAAGUUUUGAGACGUAUCUCCUCGGUUGCUUUGGUGCACAUUGCUGCUCACGGUGAAAUGGAAACAGGAGAAAUUGCUUUGGCCCCAAAGACAACGCCUCCAUCCGUGGAUCCAGCCAGGGAGGACUAUAUCUUAACUAUGAAAGAUGUUUUAAAGGCGCAGAUUAGGGCAAGACUUGUUGUACUUAGUUGUUGUCAUAGUGCUCGGGGAGAAGUCAAAUCUGAGGGUGUGGUCGGCAUCGCGCGUGCUUUUUUGGGUGCCGGUGCUCGUUCUGUUCUGGUGUCCCUGUGGGCGAUCGACGACGAAGCUACUAUGGAGUUCAUGAAAGUUUUCUACCAACAACUAGUCUAUGGACGAAGUGCCAGUGAGGCCCUGAAUAAAGCCAUGAAAUCCAUGAGAGAAUCUGACCGCUUUAGCGCAGUGAAGUACUGGGCGCCGUUUGUUCUUAUUGGUGAUGACGUAACGUUCGAGUUUGAAGGCAUCGAUUAA